AUGGAUGACAUGCAGCGUAAACUAGAUCAGCUUUUAGUGCGCAGCUCUGGAGGAGGCUGUCCCAUGUGUGGGCUCUGUACCCAACACAGCAGCCAGCUUUUGGCUCAGACAAAGCUGCUGGAGGCUCUGGAGAGGAAAGUGACUGAGCUGAGAACAGCGGUGGAGCAGUUGGCCCAAGGUCUAGAUGAUAAAAUGUCUGUGCCAUUAGUGGCUCUGCAGAGGAGAAAAUCUUUGCCAGUACGGACAUCAGUGGAAGAAGUCUAUGUGCACUUGGAUCGACUCAGGGAUCAAAAAAUUAGCCAGCACACCCUUAACGUGCCCUGUGGGAAAGGUCAGGCAGCUGUGGUCACUUCCACAUCCAGUACUCAUCCAAAGUUUAAUGUAACAAAGUUCACAGCACCAGCAUCAUCAACCCAGCUUCAAAAGACAAAACUGGGUAUUUCUGUAGCAUCACAAAGUGUAGAAGGGUCUUUAUCCAAACCAUCAUCGCAAACAUCAACACAUGAUACAAAAUCACCCCAGCUUAAUGGUACCAUCACAAAACCAGUAACAUCAGGAGACGAAACGCUACCACUUAAAACUGGACUCACAACUUCUGUCACCCAAAUUCCCAGCUCUCCACCAGCAUCAUCUGUAAUACAGGGUGUACCGGCAGGGCAUAACCCUCCAAAAGUACAGGGCACUGGUGUUCCACAGUCAACAUCACAAAGCUUAGCAAAGCCAAUAACAAACUCACAGACAAAAAAUUCAACAUUAUCACCCCCAAAAACACUUGCUUCUCCCAAAACGUCAGCAGCAACCCCUUUCCUCAAGCAAGUAUACAGUUGUCCAGACUCCCUACAAAGUCUCCAAGGCCCCAUAGGAAAGGCUGUGGGAAAGUCUGGUACCUCUUCAGCAGGAGCUGCGUACCCUGGAUCGCUGACAUCUGCAGGAAUACAGAUUAAAAUAAGUCCAGCUACAGAGAAAUGCACAGCACAGACCAAAACAUCACCUAAAACCUGCUUCAAAAUAAUAGAUGACAUUUCUCCUCAGCCGGCUCCUUUUCCUCAUCGAUGUGUAUCUCUGAGGUCAAGUCCAUCCUGCGACUUCAGCAUCCAUACCAGAGACGUGCUGGGAGGUGGACGUUUUGGCAAAGUGCACAAAUGCACAGACAUUAAAUCUGGACUCAGACUUGCAGCAAAGAUCCUGAGUGGAAGAAGUGCUAAAGAGAAGGAAAUGGCAGUGAAUGAGAUCGAGGUGAUGAACCAGCUGAACCAUCCAAACAUCCUGCAGCUUUUUGAUGCCUUCGAGAGCAAAAAUCAAGUGGUGCUGAUCCUGGAGUAUGUGGAGGGAGGGGAGCUGUUGGAGAGGAUAGUGGAUGAGAGCUGUCCCCUGACUGAAGUGGAUGCUAUGGUAUAUGUGAAGCAGAUUUGUGAGGGAGUGCAGUACAUGCACCACAUGUAUGUCCUUCACCUGGAUCUAAAGCCAGAGAACAUCCUCUGUGUCAAUCGAACAAGCCAUCAGAUCAAGAUUAUUGACUUUGGACUCGCCAGAAGAUAUAAACCACGAGAGAAGCUCAAAGUUUCAUUUGGGACACCAGAGUUUCUGGCUCCAGAGGUGGUGAACUUUGACUUUGUUUCCUUCCCGACAGACAUGUGGACUCUAGGAGUUGUAACAUACAUGCUUUUAAGUGGUCUAUCUCCAUUCCUGGGUGAUGAUGACAGCGAGACCCUGAACAAUGUGCUGACUGUCAACUGGUAUUUUGAUGAAGAGACAUUCGAGCAUGUCUCUGAUGAGGCCAAAGACUUUGUCUCUAAUCUGCUUAUCAGAGAAAGAAGUGGGCGUCUCAGUGCUGCUCAGUGUCUUAAGCAUCCAUGGCUGAACAACAUCUCAGAGAAAGCAAAGCGGAGUAACAUUGUUCUGAAGUCACAGGUUCUUCUCAGAAAAUACAUGGCCAGACGAUUAUGGAAGAAAAACUACAUUGCAAUAGCAGCAGCCAACAGGUUUAAGAAGAUUGGCAGUUCAGGAUCCCUCACUUCGCUGGGAGUUUAAAAUGUUACUGGUCACUGUAUUGUGUAAUCAUCUCCACUUUGUUACUGGUUAUAAUCAUAUCUGCUCUGUUACAAGUUAUACUGAUCUCAACUCAGUUACUGGUCAUAAUGAUCUGCACACUGUUACUGGUUAUAAUGAUCUCCACUCUGUUACUGUCUAAUCAUAUCUGCUCUGUUACUGGUUAUAAUCAUGUCCCCUCUGUUACUGGUUAUAAUCAUGUCCCCUCUGUUACUGGUUAUAAUCAUGUCCCCUCUGUUACUGGUUAUAAUCAUGUCCCCUCUG